UCCCCUUCUCCUAACCGACUUGUCUCUUCAACUUUCCCUUCGUUCUUUUUAAUAUUUUCUCACCUUGGUAUUAUCAUUAUUUAGCAGACAUUCCUCCUCUUGUUAUCUUAGCUUACCCUUCACUUUUUUACUUCACAUAAACCGGCCUGGCAGGGACUGCUUGGCAGGAAAAUGUGGGCAGUAAUUGGUUGGACAGGGAAUGAUGCUGUCUUUGUUUUAGGCUUUUCAACAUCUCAAGCAGACCUGUCAAUUCCCGAUCCGACGAUACGCAAAAGAGGGAACAUUCACAGGAUUAUCCUAUCGUUCCGGUCCCAACUGAACUUGAACUUGCCUGAAGACACUGGCAAGUUGUCAGAUCCUGCAUCUAUUUGUUCACUGUCGAAUGUCAGUUUGCCUGUUAGCAACGACCUUGUCAGUAACGAACCCUCAGAUAGCGUGUUUGAUUCGGCUGUUAGCGAAGGAGAGCAGCAGCGGCAUAGCAUUUCCGCCGCCAUGCAAGAUGCCGGAGCACCUGGUUGUGGCACUAUUAACGGUCACGGCACCAGUCACUAUAUCCGAGAGGUCGGUGGACCUGUUGGAAUCUAGAAGAAACCUGCAAGCUGGCUAUGAGCACAAAGUGACCAGUCGGUCUAUUAGGCGGGAAUUAAAACAUAGCGUAGGUGCUGACAAGGAAGCCUGGUUCACCGCUGGGCCCAAGGAAUGUAGCAGGCUGGAGCAGUAGGCAGUUACGUCAAGCUCUUCCAGCUGAUCCGCACCACUGGGCGUUACCCAGCGUCCGCAGUCACACUGAGGCCACAGAUUUUCACAGGCAGGUGCCCUAAAUGCAUACACUCUGUUUUCAGCCCACUUAACCUACUCUCCACGUCUUCCCCACGUCGCCCUGUUGUGUAGCAGCCUCCGACGACAUCGCAACCAGCCGUAACGUCUGUCAUCAUGAUGACAGAAACUGUAACAAUUCCCGGAUCCGUUGAAUGCCGCUGCCGUACCCAGCGUCCUCGGUGACACUGCAGCCUACGCUUUAAACAGG